AAUAAGUAACUCGACGCGAAUUUAUGACACGCCAAUGACGUCAGUACCCGAACACUCUUAAACGCGUCCUAGACUCUCACCCUCUUUCUCUCACACCGUCAUUAGCAUGGCAUCCAUCAUCGCAGGAGCAGCCCACACCGCACACUCCACCGCCGCCUCCCUCCUCAGCUCAGCUCAGAUCCAUCCCGGAAAAAAGCUCCCACCCUUGAAAGUGAAGGAGACGUCCCCGGAACGCGCUGAGAUUGUUGAGUUCAGCGGGACGACUGUCAUCGUCGGUGUCCCGGGUGCGUUUACCGGAACGUGCAGUGCCCAGGUUCCGGGGUAUAUCGAGAAUUAUGAAGCAUUCAAGGCGAAGGGCGUGACUGGGAUAUACGUCGUUGCAGUUAAUGACCAAUUUGUUAUGAAUGCGUGGAAAGAGAAGCUGGCUCCCAAUGGCACCCCUAUCCAUUUCCUAGCCGAUGACCAAGGCGAGUUUGCUGGCGCUACGGGCUUGAUUUUUGACGCUACGCCGUUGUUGGGAGGUCCUCGUUCAAAGCGCUAUGUCAUGAUUGUGAAGAACCACGAAGUCGCGUCGGUUGCAGUCGAGGAGGAUCCAGGAAAGGUCACCAUUACAGAUGCAAAGACAAUACUUGCGCAGCUGUAGACUGAACGAAAGUGAUGCAUGUACAAGUAGGAAUUCAAAAUAUUCUGUGAAGUACUAGCCGUGACAAGAACCUCGCAUCAGU